CACUCACACACUCACACACUCACACACUCACACACACACAGGGCAAUUCAGUGUCUCCAAUUAACCUGACUGCAUGUUUUUGGACUGUGGGAGGAAAUAGGAGUUCCUGGAGGAAACCCACGCAGACACAGGGAGAACAUGCAAACUCCACACAGAAAGGACACAGACCCAGGACCUUCUUGCUGUGAGGCGACAGUGCUACCCACCGAGCCACCGUGCCACCCUUACACAAGAUUCAUCAGUUUAAAGUUUUAAUAUCAAACACAGUCAUGGACAAUUUUGUAUCUACAAUUCACCUCACUUGCACGUCUUUGGACUGUGGAAGGAAACCAGAGUUCCUGGAGGAAACCCACACAGACACGGAGAGAACAUGCAAACUCCACACAGAAAGGACCUGGACCGCCCCAUCUGGGAAUCAAACUCAGGACCCUCCUGCUCUGACAGUGCCACCUUUUCUUACAAAGCAUUGUAAUGGUGAUAGCUUCUGAGUCGAACAUGAGUAAAAUAAAGAACACUCACACACCGGUGCAGAACGAUGCAGACACUGACUACACCACUCCCAGAGUGUUUGAGCUGGAGAAACUGUUCUGGCGAGGUACAGCGGCCGCGUACACCCACGUCAACGAGGUCUGGCCUGGCGUCUACAUCGGUGAUGAAAAGACAGCACUCGAGUGUGCCAACCUGCUGAAGAUGGGACUAACGCACAUACUGAACGCAGCUGAGGGAAUAUGGAACAACGUCUCCACAGGUCCAGGUUACUACAGCGGCAUGAACAUCGAUUACUACGGCGUGGAGGCAGAAGACGUUCCAACUUUUAACCUCAACCAGUUUUUCUACCCUGCGGCUCAAUUUAUUGACCGGGCGCUUAGCAAUCCAGAGAGUAAACUGUUGGUGCACUGUGUGAUGGGACGAAGUCGAUCAGCUACUUUGUUUUUGGCGUAUUUAAUGAUCUACAAGAACAUGACGGUUGUCGAUGCAAUUGAACACGUGAAGGAACGACGCUGCAUUUUACCCAACAGAGGAUUUUUGAAGCAGCUUAGAGAGCUGGACGUUCAACUACAACAGCAAAAAACCCAGAAACUCCAAUAACAUCGCCAAUGACUUCCCACAAGCCACGUAAUUCUGGCUCAAACUAUUCCAUUAUUUUGGGUUAAUGACGUGCAAGAUCUUUAUUUAUAUUUACUUACACAGUGCUGGAGUUGAUGCAGGCUUGUUUCCAGGAUCUAAGUCAGCACCACAUACACUACAUGGCUAAAGGUUUGUGCACCCCUCUAAUUACUGAGCCUGUGUAUUUCACCCACUCACCCACACCCAAAAACAUUAUGCACUUCCAACUUGGGAAAGGUCCUUACCUGUUCCAGCAUGACACUGUCCACAUGCAAAAAGCAAGAUUAAUAAAAAAACAUGAUUUGGUGAGUUUAGUGUUGGAAAAGCCCAGUGACCACAGACCCUCUGACCAUAACCUCAUUAGAAACCUGUGAUAAACUGGACCAUCAAUUGUAAGCCAGGCCUCCUCCAUCCAAACACCAGUGCCUGACCUUACGAAUGCUUUGUCUACUGAAUGACCAUACUCCAAAAUCUUGUGGAAUGCUUCCAUAGAAGUGUGUCAUGGCUAUAAAGGCGACAUGGCAACUCUAUUUUACUGCCCAAUUUUUUAAUUGAGGUGUCCAACAAGCUAAGGAGAAGUGUCCACAUGUGGUCAUGUGUUUGCAAAAAUGUACAUCUCAAACCAAAAGGUAACUUCAAAUAAAUGAAAUAUACAGUAUAUAUAAAAUGAAUAAUAUUUUAUAAUACAAUGCAAA